AUGGCAGCAAAGGAUGCGCUUAUUCAGGGACGUUCAAAGCAGCGUGGUAGAUCAACACGGUUAUAUAAUAGGGGGAGCAGCAAGAAAGCAUUCGUCAAUCAGGAUCGGUGCUCAGGCUACCCAUGUACAACCUCCACCGAUUGCAAAGCGGAAGGAGAACUCACUGUCCAAAUGGAGGGAAAGGAGAGCAAGCGCUCUUCUUCGCACUCCCAUCAGCCAACUGGA